GACGCCGUUCUAGAGAGUAGAGCUACAAAACAAGGCAAAUUGGAGAGGGAAGAAAUCAGAGGAAAUCGAGGGAAAUACAUUACAAGAAGAGUUUGCUAUCCACUUCUAACUCCUAUCGGGUGGUGAGAGGUGUCAAAGUUUGCACUCUGGGGGACCACCCCCUCUUGCUGGGCUGAACAGAGGACAGCUCCCGUCUUCUGGGUGUGGAGAGCACAGACUGCCUGUAGUCACUUUCGGGGGAGCCAGUGCGCACUAGGAGUGUUCUCCAUCUGUGGAUCUCGCACUUCAUCGCUGCCUGCCUGCAGGGAGGAGAAGAUCCAAUCAGCGUUUGGGUUUAAUAAGGUGGAAUACCAGGGGGGACGCAACAGAAAAGAUACAGCACAACCUGGGAAAUAAAGGAAGUAGGAGCACACAGCAGUGAAGGACAUCCUUCAGAGGAGGAAAAAAUAAGUUUUACGGAAUUUUCAAUUCAGAGGCUCCUGUUCCAGGUGGACUUGGACAGCAUCAUUUCCUUUUUGGGAGGAGUAGCUCUCAGGUUCAGUCAGCUAAUCUUGUGGACUAUAGGAUCCUGGAUGGCAUGUCAAGGUAAGGACCUAUCUUCAACUCUCCCGGUGUAUCAGCCAGCCAGCCACUGCUCAGAUUAGGUAACGCCAACACUCAGCAGCAGAAGAAAAAAAGAGAGAAGAAGCAGAUGGAAAGACUGACUCUUCAAUGGUCCCUCAUCUUCUCUAGCCAGAAAGGAACCAUGUCGUCCGCCCAUGUUUUGAUAUGAAAUCGGAAUCUUGGAAUAAGUGACCUGUGAAUUCCGUUGGCACUGGGGAUUUUUAAGGACUUCUCAACUACUCUUCAGUCCCACUGUAUGGACAUCUACUAUCAGAGGCCCUGCCAGAUAUAGAAGCCUGAAAAACAGUAAUAACUGGGGGAAAUACAACAGACCAUGGCUGAGAGGAUGAUUGUUUCUCAAAGUGCAACUCCACUCCUUUGGCGGGAGCUUCAUCAGGGUGGACUGAGCUCUACCAACACUGCUCUCCCAGUUCCCGCCCCAGCCCCUGCAUCCAGCGACUUGAGGGAGAGCCGUGACAGAAUGGUCGACUGUAUGAGCAAAGUCAUGCUGCACACAGCCCUCUCAUGCUGGCAACCGUUCCUGGGACUGGCUCUCGUGGCCGUCUUCGUGGGUUCCGCCCUGGGAUGUCCCGCCCGCUGCGACUGCUCAGCCCAGAGCAAGUCGGUCCUGUGCCACCGCAAACGCCUACCGGGCAUCCCCGACGGCAUCCCCAUCGAGACCAGGAUCCUGGACCUGAGCAAGAACAAGCUGCAGGCCAUCAACCCGGACGAAUUUGCCCCCUACCCUGGACUAGAGGAUUUGGACCUCAGUGGGAACAUUAUCAGCUAUGUGGAGCCGGGGGCAUUCAACCCUCUGUACAGCAUGCACUCACUCAGUCUCAAAAGCAACCGCAUCAAGCUUAUUCCCCUGGGCGUCUUCACAGGCUUGUCCAACCUCACACGGCUGGAUGUCAGCGACAACAAGAUCGUCAUCCUGCUGGACUACAUGUUCCAGGACUUGCACAACCUGAAGUUCCUGGAUGUGGGUGACAAUGACCUGGUGUACAUCUCGCACCGGGCGUUCAGUGGACUGCUGAGCCUACAGACACUAACCCUGGAGAGAUGCAACCUGACGGUGGUGCCCACUGAGGCCCUGUCCCAUCUGCACAACCUGGUCAGUCUUCACCUGCGAUACCUCAGCAUCAGCACCUUGCACGCCUACUCCUUCAAAAAGCUUUUCCGGCUGCGCAACCUGGAGAUUGACAGCUGGACCUCACUGGACAGUGUGCCGGCCAACACGCUGCACAGCCUCAACCUGACUACACUAUUUAUCACCAACACCAACCUGUCAACCUUCCCAUACCAGGCCCUAAAGCACCUGCACUACCUGACACACCUCAACCUCUCCUUCAACUGCAUCAGACACAUCGAGGGGGGGAUGCUGUUUGAGUUGGUGCGCCUGAGGGAACUGCGUCUGGUUGGGGCCCAGUUGUCGACCAUUGAACCGUACGCAUUUCAGGGCCUCCGGUGGCUCAAAGUCCUCAACGUCUCCCACAACCAUUUGGACACCCUGGAGAAGGGUGUCUUCCAAGCCCCUGAGGCUCUGGAGGUCCUCUUGAUCGAUGACAACCCCCUGGUGUGCGACUGCCGUCUCAUGUGGAUCCUGCAGAAAAGGCACUCCAUCUUCUUUGGCGAAUCGCAGCCAGAGUGCAGCACCCCCGAGGGCAUCCGCGGCAGACCUUUCAGGGAGUUCAAGGAGACCCUGCUCUCCUACUACGUGACAUGCACCAAGCCAAAAAUCCGGGAGAACAAGACACAGACGAUAGCCGUGGACGAGGGCCAGCCAGCAAAACUACACUGUAGUGCAGAAGGGAUCCCCAGGCCGGUGGUGUCAUGGCUGUCCCCACGUCGGCGCCUCCUCACCAACAAGAGCCAUGGCAGAGUCACGGUCCACAACAAUGGGACGCUGGAGAUCAAGGUGGCCGAGGUGCAGGACGGCGGCGUAUACCUUUGCAUGGCAACCAACACAGCAGGUAACGACUCAUUGAUGGCCUCCCUAGCAGUGAAAAGCCUGGGGUCGCUCUACGCAAACAGGACCCAGUACUACACAGAUCCCAGCAAUGCCACUACCAAUGGGACUAGCAACGUGACCUACGGCUUGGACCUAAAGACUAUCUUAGUGUCGACAGCAAUGGGAUGUUUCACAUUCCUGGGGGUGGUCUUGUUCUGCUUCCUGCUCCUGUUCGUUUGGAGCCGGGGCAAAGGAAAGCAUAAAAACAAUAUAGAUAUUGAAUAUGUCCCUCGGUCCAAGUCUAACGGCACCUCUGUAGAUGGAGGGGCAGAGGGACAAGCUGGACCUCAUCGCUUUAACAUGAAAAUGAUCUAACAUGGUUUGUGAAUCUGGGAAUCCAUAUGUUGGGAAUGCUCUAAGGAUUAUGUAUUUUUAUUGCAAAUGGAACUUCUGAAUUUUCCACUACUGCAGGAGAAUGAUACUGAGCAAUUCCAUGAUAGCAGAGUGAUGCUGAGGCUCAGAUUUUUCACUUUAAAAUGUAUGCCAAACAAAAACCAAUGAUUGCAAAUUUAAACAAACCAUACAGCUCUAUGCACAAGGACUGCUUUUAACAAUUUCCACAGACAUUUUUACAAACACACUUGAAGAACAUUGUAGAUGCAAAGUUUGGUAACAGAAUGAUAGCACCAACAGCACAAACCAUCAUUCUGUUACCAAAC